GAUAAAUCACAUAAAGGGUUCGCAAACACACACUCUCGGUGCUUGAAAUAAUAUCACAACAUCAGUGUUUGCUUCGACUUCGAGUGUGUUAGAGAGAGAGAGAGAGAGAGAGAAAGAAAUGCAGGGAAGCGCAGCAGACGGCGAAGCGUUGGAUUUCGAGCCUGAGGACGAUGACUUGAUGGACGAGGACGGCGCUGCUGACGCCGACGCUUCUCCCCCUCACCCCAAGCUCAAGUCCGCAAUCACUGCCGGCGGCGCGUCUUCUCCACUCUCCGGCCCCAAGAAAACCAAGGGACGCGGAUUCCGUCAGGACACCGAUGGAAACCGUAACAGCCGACUCUCCGGCUCCGAUUUCGACUCUCUUACCACCGAGGGUGGCCCUGGUCCUCAAAGAUCUGUUGAAGGAUGGAUUAUUUUGGUCACGGGUGUGCAUGAGGAAGCGCAAGAGGAUGAUUUGCAAACUGCAUUUCGUGAAUAUGGAGAGAUUAAGAACCUUCAUUUGAACCUCGAUCGUCGCACUGGUUAUGUCAAAGGUUAUGCACUGAUUGAAUAUGAGCGUGCUGAGGAAGCUCGGAAUGCAAUAGAGAAUUUGAAUGGAUCUGAGCUUCUUACGCAAACCAUCAAUGUUGAUUGGGCUUUCAGCAGUGGACCUAUUAAUGAGUCAAUCAGAAGAAAGAAUGCUAGACCACCUCGUGAACGGCGCUCCAGGAGCCCUCGGAGGAGAUAUUGACAUGGUGUGUAUUGAUUACAUGACUGUGUCAUUGUGUGGACCCUUAAAUGAGCGGCUUGGUUUCUAUUGGUCAAUUUGUGGAAGAUUUUUCUUAUACUUGUGCUCCCGUCAGGCAAAAUACAUAUUGGUUGCUGAGGAUUCUAAUGUAAUACAUCCUUUGUUGAAUGAUAUUAACUUUUUAGCUUAGUUUAUUAUGGUGUAUGGUUUAACAUACUGGUACUGCAGUGUAGUAUCUUUUGUUCUUGCUUUUCUUGCAUGUAAUGGCCAUUAUGUUUGAGGAAGGAAGGAUCGCCGUUGGAUUUUAUCUUGUUUGUGUUAUGUGUGAAGGCUUAGUGUGCUUAUGUU